AUGCCGCUGGUGAAGAGAAACAUCGAGCCUCGUCACCUGUGCCGCGGGGCGCUUCCCGAUGGGGUGACCAGUGAGCUGGAAUGUGUCACCAACAGCACCCUGGCUGCCAUCAUCAAGCAGCUGGGAAGCCUCAGCAGACAUGCUGAAGACAUAUUUGGAGAACUGUUCAAUGAAGCCAAUAGUUUCUACAUGCGGAUGAACUCCCUGCAGGAGAGGGUGGAUCUGCUGGUGAUCAAGGUCACUCAGUUGGACUCCACUGUGGAGGAAGUUUCGCUGCAGGACAUCAACAUGCGGAAGGCAUUCAAGAGCUCGACUGUGCAGAACCAGCAGGUGGUCUCUCGGAACUCCAUCCCCAACCCAGUGAUGGAAAUGUACCAGCGCUGUGACAAGCCUCCACCACUGAAUAUCCUCACCCCAUACAGAGAUGACAAGAAGGACGGCCUCAAAUUCUACACUGACCCUUCAUAUUUCUUCAACUUAUGGAAGGAGAAGAUGCUGCAGGCAACUGAAGAUAAGAGAAAGGAGAAACGCAGGCAAAAGGAGCAGCGGUUAGUAGAAGAUUCCACUCGGGAGGUCAAGAAAGUGAGAAAAGCCCGUAACCGGCGACUGGAGUGGAACAUGAUGGCAUAUGAUAAAGAAUUCCGACCCGAUAACAGGUUCUCACCAUCCCCAUAUCACAUGGCCUCAUCGGAAGGAUCACUGUCCCCAGAUAAUAGAUCUUAUGCAUCAGAUGCAGCUGAUCACUCAUACCCUGCCAGCCCUAACCACCCUGCACAACAGAUACUAGCUCCAGCAUCGCAUCUGUCAACAGACAACAAAGAGGUCAUUCUAGUGGCCAACCAGGCCCAGGAACAUGUAUACAGACCUUCAGCAGCGGGAAGUCGACAGAACAGUCUCAACCGUGUCCAGCAGCCCCAUGUGCCACAACCUCCAGAGACUAUACUGAAUGGACCAAGACCUCAGAUAGUCAAAGAGUAUGGCCAACAGCAGAUGCCCAUGGCAGAAUACUUCGUGCCUCCUGCUCCUCCGCCCCCACCCCCUGUGAUACCUUCUGCUCAGACUGCCUUCGACAGCCCCAUCUCAGCACCCCCCACUCUGGCUACCAGUGCCACAGCUUCCAUAGCUCACUCGUCCUAUGCACCUUCCCCACCUCCGGCUCCGCCCUGCCCAUAUUCUGCUUCUCCUCCUCAGACUGGCCCCAUGGGCCCCCCUGUUGCCCCUCCCCCUCCUCCACCUGGCCCCCCAACAGUCACUGCUUCACCAGCUCACUCAGCAUCACCCCCCACCGUUACGGGUGAGCCUCGGAAACCUCAGAUCCCUCUGAUACCAAUGAGCGAUGCCAGGAGCGACCUGCUUGCUGCGAUUCGUAGGGGAAUUCAACUCCGAAAAGUCCAGGAACAGUGGGAGCAGGAGGCAAAGAAGGAACCAGUUGGCAAUGAUGUGGCUACCAUCCUCUCCCGCAGGAUCGCGGUGGAGUACAGUGAAUCUGACGAUGACUCAGAAUUGGACGAUAACGAGUGGUCAGAUUGAGAAAGCUGGAAUGCAGUGUUGGACUGUCUCUCUCCCACUUCCUAUGUGCCACUUUUCUGCAAGCAGGUGUGUAUUAGUGGGCUUCCCCAAAAGUAAAUACUGAAAGCCAUCAGCAGUUAUGGUAGUGUGACUUGCUUUUAUGCUCUGUUGCAUUGUUUAAAGAAAUUACAGUAUCAUCACCAUUGGUGAGUGCAUUGGGGGAAUGCACUUUAGAAGCAGGAUAACCAAAAUUUGCCCAUAAUAGCACCAGGAGUAAACACAAUACUUCAGUCUUUAAUAAUGCUGAAAAACACCACCGGGCCAGGAUCAAUGGAGUUACUCUAGAUUUAUACAGGUGUGACAGAGAUCAGAAGCUAGCCCCAGAUGUGCAUUUUUAGAGAAGAAAUUGCACAGGCAGCACUGCUUAUUCAGCUAGAUGUUAAUUGUGUAAUGAAAAACUCCUGGAAAAGAAUCACGUUCCCUUAGAAAACCCAACCACAUGGUUAUAGAUGUCUAGAGACCACUGUUCACUUGUUUGUGUUUUGCUCAGAGCUUUGAAAUUCUGGGACUAUGGGCCUCAUGACCAGGGACAAUCUGUGUUCAUUGCUCUGCCAAUUACUGACAAGAAGUGUUUGUUUUUGUCAUUCACUUUGCUUUGCAACAGUCACAAAGGAGAGUUCAGUGCCAUAUCCCACUGUCACUUUUAAAAGCACUUCAUGAGUAGGCUGAGAUGUUUAUGGUGUGCUUAAAUUUCCAUCUUGACACUCAGGUUCCCUGGAGAAAAGUGUGAAGGGGAAGUUCAGGAUAAACCAUAGAACCAGCUGUCCUUUUGCAGCCAAUAAAGAAACAACACUCUUGUUACUGCUUUGAAUGGUGUAAGGCAUAUUGCAGGUGCAAAAGAGUGAGCAAUUUAAUUUAAGCUGUCUAGAGAAGAUUCUGAUGGCCCUGAAAUGAAUGGCUAUUUGAACUGUUUUAAUUUGCUAUUUGCAAUGAAACUCACUGAGCAAACUGGUGCUCUUAAGCCACCUGUUUGAAAUACACAGUGAGCAAUAGUUGUCCUUUUGGGUUGAUUUUGUUUUUCACUCUCUAGCACUAGAGGAUAUGCCUGCAUGAUGUGAGGUUAACUCAGGCUUACUACAGAAGGAAAGGGUUAAUGAGGGCCCAGUUCUUCCACUCCAGUGAUGGAGUACAGCUAACCUCAUGAUAACAAGUAAAACUUGGCAAAAUAGGGUCCUGGGUUAUAAAGCUGAAAAUAGCACCUUGGUUUAAUUAAAAUAGAAAGCAGCUUAUUGAAGUAUUUGCGUGCAGAUAUUAAGGGAGAAGACACUGGAAGCCAACAGGAUCCUGCAUGAAAUACUGAAAAUUGCAGCCAGUCACAACUCUAGGAGAAUGUGAAAUGCAUUCUGCUGCAUAGAAAACAAGCUAGUGGCAAUCUAGAUUCUGAUUGCAGUAUGUGG